CUAAGACUCAGAAGCGCUGAGCAGCGGGGGGGUGGGGGGGAGAGAGGGAGGGAGAAACAGAGAGAGAGAGAGAGAUGCACCCCCAGAAACCUGGAGAAGCAGCUUGGCUUUAAUACCGAACCUAUAAAGGCAGGAGGACAAGAAGCAGGACCACACCUGGGGAAAGUCAGGAUUCCCGCCAUGAACAGAACCACCUUCCUCCACUUUUUCAUUGAGGAUUGGGAUGCCAACUGCAGCCUCUUGGAUGCCCUGCAGGAGAGCUUUGAGGGUCCUUCCUGCCGGGCCACCAUGGACCAGAUUGGGACCUGCUGGCCACGGAGCAGCGCCGGGGAUCUGGUGGAGAGACCUUGCCCCGAGUUUGUCAACGGAGUCAAGUACAACACCACUCGAAAUGCAUAUCGAGAAUGCAUGGAAAAUGGGACAUGGGCUUUCAAAGUUAAUUACACGCAGUGUGAACCGAUUCUCGACGAAGAGACCAAGCCUGCUCUUCAUUACAAGGUGGCCAUGAUUAUCAACUACCUGGGGCAUUGCAUCUCCAUUGGAGCUCUUAUCGUGGCCUUCUUAUUGUUCCUCUGCUUGCGGAGUAUCCGAUGCCUCCGCAACAUUAUCCACUGGAACUUGAUCACGACGUUUAUCGUGAGGAAUAUGAUGUGGUUCGUGCUACAAACAAUUGACCACAAUAUUCACGAGAGCAAUGAGCUUUGGUGUCGGUGCAUCACAACCAUCUUCAACUACUUCGUGGUGACCAAUUUCUUCUGGAUGUUUGUGGAAGGCUGCUACCUCCACACGGCCAUUGUGAUGACGUACUCGACAGACAAGCUGAAGAAAUGGAUUUUUCUCUUCAUCGGCUGGUGUAUUCCUUGCCCCAUUAUCAUUGUCUGGGCUGUCUGCAAGCUUUAUUAUGAAAAUGAGCAAUGCUGGUUUGGAAAAGAACCGGGGAAAUAUAUAGAUUACAUCUAUCAAGGACCAGUGAUUCUUGUUCUGCUGAUCAAUUUUGUGUUCCUGUUUAACAUAGUUAGGAUUCUAAUGACGAAACUGAGAGCUUCAACCACCUCGGAAACUAUUCAAUACAGGAAGGCAGUCAAAGCAACAUUAGUCCUCCUGCCGCUUCUGGGAAUUACCUACAUGCUGUUUUUUGUCAACCCAGGAGAAGAUGACAUAUCCCAGAUCUUUUUCAUCUACUUCAAUUCCUUCUUGCAGUCUUUUCAGGGUUUUUUUGUGUCUGUGUUUUACUGCUUCUUAAACAGUGAGGUGCGUUCUGCAGCUCGAAAAAGGUGGCACCGUUGGCAGGACCAUCACUCCCUCCGGGUACGCGUGGCCCGUGCCAUGUCCAUGCCCACCUCUCCAACCAGGAUUAGCUUUCACAGUAUAAAACAAACUGCAGCUGUGUGAACAAGCCCAAAGCCCCUUGAUCUGCCUGGAACAGUGUUUCUCAACCUUGGUCGCUGUAAGACAAAUGGACUUCAAUUCCCAGAAUUCCCCAGCCAGCAUAAAAGCUGAAGUUCACUCAAGAUGGCUGGAGUAUUCUGGGAUUUGAAGUCCACCAAUCCCUGCUGGGGAACUCUGAGAGCUGAAGUCCAUCCAAGCUGGCUGAGGGAUUCUGGGAAUUGAAGUCCACCCACACUAACUGAGGGAUUCUGGGAGUUGAAGUCCACCCAAACUGGCUGGGGGAUUCUGGGAAUUGAAGUCCACAUGUCUUAAAGUUUCCAAGGUUGAGAACCACUAGUCUGGUGAGAGCUAUUUUCCCUUGUAGUUUUCUCCCCUCCCUUCUGGAACUAUAUUUCCGUCCCAUUUUUAAUUCCCAAAAAAGAAACUUGGGUUUAUUUCUCCAGAAAAAAACUCUUUGCUUUGAUACAAUGCUCUUCUUUUCAGAGGAACUGCAGUUCGUUUUUUUUAAUGGGGGCAGUGGGAAGAAGCAGAAUUGGAAAGGAAUAUCAGCAAGGAACCUUCCCUUGUUGUCCAAAAUCCUAAUUCUUUGGCUGGAAAGAAUGACCAAGUGAGACACUGCAAGGAGAGAAUGUGUAGCUGGUGUCAAAAAGUCGAGAUGGCAGCUAGGAAAAUGCAAUUGCCUCUUUUUAAAAACCACCAUUUAUUUUUGAUUUAUAUCUUUGUUAUGCAACUCAAGGCACCCUAGCAUCCCUUCCUCUGAUUUCCCCUACAACAACAAUCUUGUGAGGUAGGCUGAGUUGAGAGGGAGGGAGUGGCACAAAGUCACCCAGCCAGCUUUCGAGCCUAAGGCGGGACUAGAACUCACUGUCUCCUGAUGAUUGGUCCAAAGUCACCUGGCUGGUUUUGUGCCUAGGGCAGAACUGGAAUUCACAGCCUUCCAAUUUCUAGGCCAGCUGUAACCAUUACAUCAAACUCUCUGUUCAACUUUUCCCUUCCCCCCACUAGCCUUUCAAAAAGAACUAAUAAAAAGUAUUUAUUUAUAUAAUAUUUAUGAUAUAGAUUUUCUCCCUUCUGUUUAAUCACUUUGUUGAGUCCAUUUUUACAAAAAUAAAAAUAAAAACACAUAAUAAGGUGAUUCCCAGAGACUGCCUGGAAAUCCCUGCAGUUUUCUUAGUAAAGUUUUUCAGAAGUGGUUUGCCAUUGUCUCCUUUAUAGGGCUGAGAGAGUGACUGGCUCAAGCUUACCCAGCUGGCUUUGUGCAUAAAGCAAAACUAGAACUCACUGUCUUCUAGUUUUUAGCCCGGUGCCUUUAAACAGUGCACCAGUCUGGCUCUCCAAUUGGCACUUCCCUUCUAUAUUUUUCAGGAAAUCGUUUUGUUUUUUUCCUCCUGGAUUUGAUGCAGCCUCUAUUGAUUGCUUUGUGCUUUUAUUCGCCCGGACUAAAUACAGAUUUAACAUGCAGAAUCUGCCAAUCUUGGGCCCAAAGGAACAGAUAAAUAAAUAUAUUUUAUUCUAUUUUUUAUGAAUAAAGAAUCCGUGUCUCUAGUUUCACAGAGCAGGGAAAUCUAUUCUUCAGAAGGCUCCAAUACAUAUUUACUCAAAAGUAAAAGAAGAAGAAAAAAAAAAUGACGGGGAAUUAAAUUUGUCAUUUUUAGGAUGAUAAAAGAACAGCCAUUUCUUUCUUCUUUUUUUUUAGUGAGCAUCAGAGAUUAGAUUUAUAGAUUUUGCUAAAAUGUGGUUUAUGUUCAUAACAGCCUGCUAAUAGAAAAGCUAGAAAGAUUACACAAUGGCUUUGCCUAAUGUUUAAUUAAAUAUACGUAUAUAUGUAUAUAUAUAUAUUUAUAAAUUCUAGAGGGGAGUUUUUGCAACUUUCUUGGCAAUAGAAUUGAAGUAGCUUGCUAUGGUUUUCCACUUUAGCCCAUACAGGUAAUCCUCUACUUAUGACCACUUGUUUAGUGACUAUUCGAAGUUACAACAGUUCUGGGGGGAAAAUGUUAUUUACAAUCAGUUCCUACACUUACAACCGUCACAGCCAGUGUCAUCAUCAGAAUUUGGCCACUGAGCAAAAAGCAUGUAUUUAUGAUCGGUUUAGUGUUAUGAGAUCUCACAAUCACCAUUUCUGACUUUCCCAGCAGGGCUUCUGAUGAGCAGAGUCAAUGGGGGAAGCCAAAUCCUCUUAACAAACAUAUCAUUUACUUAACAACCGGGGGGGGGGGACAUAAAAUUGGACAUGACUCACUUAACAACCAUCUUGUUUAGUGACAAGUUUCAGCCCCAAUUUUGGUCAUAAGUCAAGGACUACCUGUACCUCUUGGUUUCCCUGAUGGUGUGUUUCUGAAAUUUUAACUGAACUCUCUCUAGCUUGGUUUCUAUAAUUGUUUGAAUUUAGUUAAAUCUAUGCUGAAUCCAGUUUUAACUUCUAACGGGAUGCAGAAUAACAGAAGAAGAGAAUUGGAAGGGAAUUUGGAGAUCUUUUAGUCCAACCCCCUGUUCAAGCAGGAAAUCCUUUAUAAUUUUAUAUAAGUGGUUGUCCAAUCUCUUCUUGAAAAUUUCCAGUGUUGGAGCACCCACAACUUCUGGAGGCAAGCUGGUUCCACUGGUUAAUUGUUCUCACUGUUAGGAAGUUUCUCCUUAGUUCUAGGCUGCUUCUCUCUUUGAUUAGUUUCCAACCGUUGCUUCUUCUCCUGCCUUCUGGUGCUUGCAAAAAAAAACCCUUGCAAACACACAUGGAUGCUGCUGAGAUUGCUGUGAUUGUUGGUUUGUUUUGUUGUUGCUUGGAGUUACACUCCUGCCAUCUUUUUUGUAUAAUAGAGUGUUUUUGAGUUACUGUAGGGGACAUGAUUAGCCCUUAAGAAGGCCUUGUUUUGGUCAGACGGACCUAUUUUGAAAGUUCAUGCAUCAGUUUGUAAACGCCUGUUUGUGAACAGGGAAUCCAGUGUGAGAGAGUUUUGCUGUGAUGCUUGUGUAAAAUAAUUGUCUAGGUUUUUUUUUGUAGGGGUUGUGACAUUAUUUGAGACCAGCCAAAGAAAAAAUUGAGUCAGAUGACUUAAGAAGCAUUGAUGUAGGGGCUAAAAAAGUCAACAUGAGGAUGCAAUCUCAUAAUAUAAACCAGGGGUCUCCAAACUUGGCAAUUUUAAGACUUGUGAACUUCAGCUCCCAGAAUUCCUCAGCCAACAUGGCUGACUGAGGAAUUCUGGGAAAUGAAGUCCAUAAGUCUUAAAGUUGCCAUGUUUAGAGAUCCUUCAUAUAAGCUUUAGCCAUCGGCCAUUUUGACUUUUCUGACCCCCACUUUUCCUAUGUAGGUGACCCUAUUUUUUAGGAAGUAUUAGCAGUCUUGAAAUAGAAAGGUAGAUUUCUAAAAACAUCUGCUUUUUCAAUAUUUCUUGAUUCUGUGUGGACAAAACAUAGUUGAGCUUCAGUGAGGGUGAUUUAUAAGGACAUCCAUUUCCACCUUUAGAAACAAGGUUUUUAGGCUAGACUGCAAAUUUGUCUGAAUAAACUAUGUUAGUGUAUAACAGCCAAAAUUCAAAAGGAAUCUGAUUGCCCUUUUUUCAGCUAACGUUUUAUUCAAAGGCAGAAGCUUUCAUCAGAUGCAUAGUGUGGUGGUUGAUAUUUCUCAAACUUAAGAUGAAUGGACUUCAAUUCCCAGAAUUCAAUUCCCCUUCCCAUGGGUGAUUGGGGAAGAUGAAGGCCACACAUGCAGACUCGGGAAUUCUGGGGGUUGGAGUCCUUGCAUGCUGGCUGGGGAAUUCUGGGAACUGAAGUCCACACAUCUUUAAAUUGCCUCGUUUGAAAACACUGGACUAGUUUGAGGUGAAAUUUAAAAUGAGAUGGAAAGGGGAAGGAGAAAACCUGUAGCCUGUAACAGAGUCAUUGCUCUGGUUUUUGAACCCCAGCCUCAAAAAUUACAGUUUUGUUUUAUAAAGGGAAACUUUGUAUUAAAAAUGUAUUCAAAAUGAAGGAAACGAUGAACUUGGUUCCAAAAGUUGUGUUACACUGGAAUGAUCUAGUUAGGCUCUCCAAGAAUUUUUAUGUGAUGUUGAAAUAAAAGUGUAAAUAUUUUCAAAAAUAAACACUUCUACAUUUCUGGA